GUCAAUUUGUACGAAAUUCAUUUGCAGCUUGUGUUAGGCCUACAUUCGCUUAGGUCGGCAUCCUACAAUCGCCCACUUUCUGAAUUGUUACAUAACCGGAUUCAUCAUAUAAUGCAGAGCAAAUAAAAUCAUCUGGUGGUUGUUGUGCAUGUUCUCACGUGUUAUCGCAGAAUACCCGCUCUGAAGAACCUGCCAAAGGGUGACCGAUUCAAAAUAUUUGUUCCGAUUUCAAGGGGGUCGAUUCCAUGAUCGGACCUCCAAACCGAUGAUAUCAUGCAACGAACGAUUAUUCGCUUUUGCGCAGGUCAAUGGCAGCUAAAUCAGCAAUCACCUCACUAAGGCCAGAGCAAGUCUCGUUUACACUAAAGUAUGAAUCGAGCACGAAAGCUUUGUCAAUCUUUAUAGAAUUAAACAAAAUCGGAUUGGUCGUUGUCGUCAUCGAUGUACUGCUGCACUUCGUCGUGAAUAUUGACGUCUUCAUUUAUAACAACUGUGAGAAUCUUUUGUGAUGAGCAAUAUUGACAAGGAUAGCUGCAUCAAGACAUGAAGUGGCUUGCCAAAGGUCACUCCUACAGCGCCGCUGUCGUUUUUACAUCGCCGCUGGUAACUGCCC